ACCGCCAUGUGGCGCUCGAACGGAAAACGGUUGGACUAUCAACGUCAAAGAUAGAGUUAGAUGCCAUCACGAUCUUUCUUCAGGCUGUUUGGAUUCAAUUAUCCAAUGAUGACGUCACUGCUUCCACAUUUUAUUCUCCUUCUCUUUGUGCCUUUCACUAACUGCCAUAUUCCAACUACACUUGAAGGUCCCUUUGUUCCUGUCACCGUUCCGUUCGACACUUCCUUGCGCGGCGUCGCCGUUGACUUGCCCGAUACCGAUCCCCGUGUUCGCCGCCAAGUCCGCGGUUUCGAACCUGAGCAGAUUUCACUUUCUCUCUCUACCACUUUUGACUCCGUUUGGAUCACAUGGAUUACAGGGGAAUAUCAAAUUGGUUACAACAUCAAGCCAUUAGACCCUAAAAUUGUCUCAAGUGUUGUUCAAUUUGGAACUUCAAGAUUUGAAUUAGUGAAUGAAGCAAAGGGCCAAUCCCUAAUCUACAAUCAGCUUUAUCCUUUUGAAGGCCUUCAGAAUUACACUUCUGGAAUCAUCCAUCAUGUUCGACUCACAGGAUUGGAACCAAGCACACUAUACUAUUAUCAAUGUGGAGAUCCCUCAUUACAUGCCAUGAGUGAUAUAUACUAUUUCAGGACCAUGCCAAUUUCUGAUCCACAGAGUUAUCCAGGAAGAAUUGCAAUAGUAGGAGAUCUUGGUCUCACUUAUAAUACAACUACUACCAUCAGUCAUAUGACUAGUAACGAACCUGAUCUUGUCCUAUUGAUUGGUGAUGUAACCUAUGCAAAUCUGUACCUCACAAAUGGAACUGGCUCAAACUGUUAUAGUUGCUCAUUUCCACAAACUCCUAUACAUGAAACCUACCAGCCUCGAUGGGAUUAUUGGGGAAGGUUUAUGCAGAAUCUAGUGUCUAGAGUUCCAAUAAUGGUAGUAGAAGGAAAUCAUGAAAUUGAAAAACAGGCUAGAGACAAGACAUUUGUGGCUUACAGUUCCAGGUUUGCGUUUCCCUCUGAAGAAAGUGGAUCGUCAUCCACAUUCUACUACUCUUUUAAUGCUGGAGGCGUUCACUUUAUUAUGCUUGGGGCUUAUAUUAAUUAUGGUAAAACAGCUGAGCAAUACAAGUGGCUGGAGAGAGACCUGGCUAAUGUUGAUAAAACAAUAACUCCCUGGCUUAUAGCUACCUGGCAUCCACCAUGGUACAGUACUUAUGAAGCUCAUUACAGAGAAGCAGAGUGUAUGCGGGUUGAGGUGGAAGAGCUGCUGUACUCAUAUGGUGUGGAUAUAGUCUUUAAUGGACACGUUCAUGCUUAUGAGAGGUCAAAUCGGGUUUAUAAUUAUAAUUUAGAUCCAUGCGGUCCUGUAUAUAUUACUGUUGGGGACGGGGGUAAUCGAGAGAAGAUGGCAAUCAAUUUCACCGACGAGCCUGGUCAUUGUCCUGAUCCAUCAACUACUCCUGAUCCUUAUAUGGGUGGCUUUUGUGCAACAAAUUUUACAUUUGGCCCAGCAGCGAGCAAGUUUUGUUGGGAUCGCCAGCCAGAUUACAGUGCUUUCAGAGAAAGUAGCUUUGGCUAUGGAAUUCUAGAGGUAAAAAAAUGAAACAUGGGCUUUGUGGACAUGGUAUCGCAAUCAGGACUCUUACAAGGAAGUUGGAGAUCAAAUUUACAUAGUAAGACAACCUGAAAUAUGUCCUGUUCCUCAGAGGCUGUAUAGAGAUUGUGUUGCUUCGUUUUAAGAAACAGGAAUAGUACAUUAGCUGUCAUGGAUGAGAAUGUCAUAAUAGGUAAAUAUAAUCGUCAGUGGAAGGAGAUUACAAAGUGCUAAUUACUAAAUACCACAGCUUAAUUGAGUGGAAUGCAAUCUAUCUUGUAUUACAAAUGUUGAUCCUAUCUACUACCAGUUAGCAUCA